GAACGCAAAGCUGCUGAAUGUUGUUUGUUUUCCACACAGAGAGUAGCGGAACAGUACCGUUGUCGCACAAUCUUACAACGGUUAUAUUUACACUUUUGUUUGCGAAUAAUAGUUUAGUGGCCUGCGCCAUGGCUCUGUGCGGGGGUGUUGGAGCCAUGGCUUUACCAAGCGAGCUUAUCGUCCACAUAUUUUCAUUCUUGUCCGACCGUGACAAGCUUCGGGCCUCGUCCGUGUGCUCUCGCUGGAGGGAGUGUCUGUUUUACCCAUCGCUUUGGAUGGAGCUCAAGUUGCGUGUCGGAGGUGGCUCGAAUGGGGGAGGCUAUGGCUCCGAACAGACCCCAAGAUUAGACUUUCUCAUGAGGAAGUUUGGCUCCUUCGUGCGCGAGCUACAGCUCGAGUUUGCCCCAGUUGAAGGAUAUCUAAGGCCAUUGAAUGGCGUGGAGGGCAGGAUGGAAUCUGUCGAAAGCGACCCUCAGUUCCCUGGCCGCUGGAAAGAGGCAAUUAUCACCUAUUUGGACCAGGUGUUGUGUGUCCUCGGAUGUAUUCGAAACAACAGAAAUCUCCAGAAGCUGAGUCUGUAUGGGGAUACCUGCAUUCUUCAGGAUGAGGGCAUUCUGGACAGUGCCUAUCUCAACCAGGUUGACCAAGGAGGAGUGAAAAUCAAAGAGAUCCAGCAGCUGUUAGUGGAAGUUUUGUCUAACAGCAGGCAGAUGAAGUGGCUGUCCUCAGCCUUCAUGCUGGGUGUGGUGACCCCCUUCUCCCUGGCCUCUCUGUCCAACCCCAGCGCUGCCUCCCUGGAGCACCUCAGCCUGUUGGACAACCAGCUGCCCUGCCUGUCCUCCCCUGUGGAGCUGGAGCGCCUUGUCCACCUGCGUUCCCUGGCCCUCGACUUCUGUGACUUCACGUCUGAGAUGUGCCGCCUGCUGGCUGGAGGACACCGUGCUCCACUACACCGCCUCUCCUUGAUGGUGAAUGGCGCCGCUCUGGAGGCCAAGCCGCUGGAUUGCACCGCCAGUGAGGAUGACUGGAAGGCCCUGGUCCGACGCUGCGCUAACCUGCGGGUCUACAUGAUGGCCCUGGAUGUGUCCAGCCAGGACCUGCUGAGGGUGCUCAAGCCCAGCCUGCCCCUGGAGAGGAUCCACCUGGACAGCUACUCCACCCUGGUCACAGACGGCACUCUGGAGCUCAUUUCCCAGCAGUACAACAAGACCCUGAGCCACUUCGUCCUGAUGAGGGAUGACACCGGCUUCCCUGACCUCAGUGUCAACCGCAACGAGGACCCGCUGGUCCUACUGGCCUGGCGCUGCGUACACCUCUCUGUCCUGGUUAUCCAUGGCUACACUGUGUGGUCCCACAACCUGGUGGCCAUCUCCCGUCUACGUGGCUCCAGCCUCAAGGUCCUGGCUGUGUCCGAGGAGAGUAUCGACUUCGACCCGGACCAGGGGGUCUUCAUGGAGGGUGACCCCGUCCACAACCUGGUGAAGGAGGUGUCCCAGGGCCUGGGGCGCAUCUGGCACCCCUCCAUGGACUCCAACUUGGUCCUCAGCGAGCCCACCCAGCACUUCCACAGGGAGAUGCAGAGCUUCAGCCUGGGCAUGUAGACUAGAGCUACAACCGCCAGGCUGGGCCUCCAUCUGGGUCGUGUUCAUUAGGCACCAAACGGAAAAAAACAAGACAGGGAGGGACUACCCGGACUUGUCCAGUAAGAAACGCUCAUCUUCUGUUUUCUGUUGCAAAACGUUUUGAAAUGUUUUCUGUUGCGUGCCCUAAAGAACACGACCCUGGUCUGGCCUGCUGCACAUGCUCAGUGCUUGUCAUGAUGAUAUAAUCUAAACCUUAUGGGUCCUAUCUCAUUUGCAUACUUUAUUUUUAGUUUAUAUUUUUUUCUUUGUAGAAUGAACUAAUCCUUUAUAUGUGCUGUGUUUAAUCAGUAUUAGCUCUAUAUUUAUAUCUAUCUAUAUAUAUCCUGCUUAUGAAUAGGAGAGUAUAGUUGGGUAUUUGAUUAGUAGCUAAUUGAGCGAUUGGUGUAUGGAGGGGGCUUUUUUUUACACAGCUAGCUUACUUGUAUUGCAAGUUUUCUUUUUUGUUUUGUCUGUUUGUUGUUUUUCUCUUAGCGAGUGCUGAGUUACCGUAAACUAACUUAUCAGUUAAUCCACCUUGGCUUUUUGCAAUGACGGAAUCCUUUGUAAUUGUUUGUUCACCUUUUUAAGGGGAGAUUAGUCCAGUGGUCUUCCGGCAGAGGGAGGGACAGUGCUGGUGGACUGUUAGGCCCCCCCUAACCCCUCCCUUCCUGUCUGCUCUUUACUUUUGUGUUUUGGAGAUAAUAUGAUUGCUAUGUUACGGGACUAAGAUCCUGCUGGUUCUUCUCAGCCUAGAGGUGGGAUGUGAUACAGUUCUGUUGGUGAAACCAAUUGCUGAGGUUUCCACACUGACACACUCAUGCUGAGGCCCUUUGAACUGCCUACGUACAGCUGCAGUACUUUAGUCAGGGGUCAGCAUUGACAGUUAUGUGUUGCAGUUUGCUCUCAGAAAAAUCCUCUGUCUGUCUCAGGUAGGCAAAACAUGAUGAUGAAGAUGGUGUUGGGGGUGAUGAUGAUGAUGUAUACUAUGAAACAAUCAGCUAGUCUGUCAGUUUAAUCCAGUUUUUCUUGAGUCACAGUUGCCUUGGAAAUCCCCUUGCGUUCUGGAUUCAAUCGUUUUUGCCAUCAAAUCUGCCCCUUUUACCACGGGGUAAACAAACUUAGUCGUACAUUUGUUUUAAGAUUAAGGUGUUGAAAGAGUUUAAAGAAUGGCAAACUACUCCUUGCACGUAUUUCUCUUGUUCACAGUUUUAGGGCAAAGUACUUGCUGUGUUGACUGACUCCAGGGCCACAGUGUUUCACCUGCUGAGCGUUGGAUGGAGGGAGGCAUAUAUUUGCUUGUUCCAUAUCUCAGGAUUUUUGCACUUUCUGUACUUUUUUCCAAUGAAGGCUUUAUUUUAAUGCAAAGCUUUCUGUUGUUCUAAGGACCAGUGUGCGUGGUGGUGGGACUGAAUACUGGAUACUAAUACUGGGGAAAGAAAUCUUCCAACACAACGCACACCAGAGGUUGUUGGUUUUAUUUUUCUAGCCCCGCCUCGUUCCCUCGAUUGAACUUUUAAGAAGGUUAAGAUCUGUGAUGUCCGUCUGUGAAAAGACUUUUAAUGACGUUUUCUAUUGUUGUGUACUUGCUGUUUUAGAGCUCAGAGUAGUAGAGGGAAUCUGAAGUUGGUUGCUCAGUGGUAGAAUGUAAAUGUGAAGCUAACAACCUUUUUUAAUGUGUAAAGUUGUCUGCUAUCCAGAAUUCCCCCUACGUACGAAUAUCUUCUUCUUUAUCCUCGCUUGUAAAGCUUAGGGAACCAGUCUUGACUGAUAAGGCAGUACAGUGUGUGGGGCCUGGAAUAAGUGACCUCUCUGGUAGGCCUCUGCUUGUUCUGUGCUGCUGAGAUGUUGUAACAUUCCAGAGAGACGAGAGUAGGCUACAUCUCUUGACCUUGAGUGGUUAUGAAGCCGUCGGUCGGCUAUUGCUUCUUGUUGCGUUCCUCCGUGCCCAUGACUUUCAUUGGUACUACCAAAGCCAGCCAUUUCAGUUAAAGAAUAGAUAAAGUACUGUAUAUUGAGGAAAAAAUGAUCUUGCAUAGAAACAUCUGACAUCAGAUGGCAAGAAGUGUGUGUGAUCCAUGUUUCAAACAAUGUCACAAUCAGCCUGUGGAAUCCACUACUAAUCUGUUUAGCUGUUGCAGUCAGAUAUGAGCCUGCAUGCAAGGUUCCACUCGGAGUAAACUUAGUCUAUCUACGGUUUAUGCAUGAGAAGCAUCAUUAUGGGGAAAAAGUAAUAUUGAAACUAUAUGCAUGUUAAGAGGGAUUCUAAAAGUGUUCAAGUUUUGUCUAUUUUUAGUACCACACCAAAAAGGAUAGAUAAUAUUCUAUAUUUGGAGUUAACUUGUUUGUGCUGAACAGGGGUAGGGUAAGACCUUGUUAGAGGUAGAGGAUGACGAAUGCCAGUCAAUUGUUACAAUGUGUAAAACAUCCUAAUGUUGCAUUCAUGCUGUGCCUAAAUCCAGAGGAGCUUUAAUUUCAAAUGUUCCAUUUGUUCUGCGUUCGUUUCCAGUUCAUUGUCUAGUACCGCAUUUGACUACCGUUACAGAAGCAUAGCUCAUUUACGCAUUAGUGUUUGUUUUUUUUGGUGUAUGUUUUGUUUAAAGUUUCAAAAGUGCAUACAUCAGAGAAGGGGGUGUAUGGUGUGUUUGAAGUAAAACAUGGUGUACCACUUUCUCACCCGUGAGCAGGAAACAGCCUUUCUCAGGGUUACUGUCAGUUGCGGGAGAGGAGGAAAUGAUUUCCAUCGCUCAGGCCUCAACAUCAUAAUGAAAGUUAGGAUCAAUCUUUUUUCCAACAAGUCACUGGAUUUUAAAAACGUUGUGUCAGCGCGUCUGCGUCAGCUGCCAAAGAUCACGGUGUGAAACAACUCUUAAAGUGCCCACAUGCUGGCAGAGGGCAGGGCCCAUGGCUGAUCAGCCGUGAUGUACUACUACGACUACUCCUUUACAACUACUACUAUACUUCUAGAAAUAUGAUAUACUUACUGAAUAGGGGGUGAAGUUGGACCACAUGUGGUGCACAGCUGAGCUGUGGUUUGGUCAACAACAGUAGAGCUCUCUCUCUUUACAAAUGCACCUGUAUCACUGUGAAGAGUGAAUGUAAUUUAAGUAUAGAUAAAAUCAAGAUUGGUUGAUUCUAUCAGACCAGUACGCUGCUAAGAAACGUGUAAGGAACAUUCCACUGGGGAGUUAAAAACAAACAAAAUGGCCAAAUGUCUGCAUGAGAUGACUUAUUUUUUUUACUGUUUUAUUCUUUGUUUUGAAGGGUAACGGGAUCCAGUAGGUAGGUCACAACUGGUCUUUUGAUGAAAAUAAUUGUUUGCAUAGAGGUUGUUUACCCCAGUCUUUCUGCAUGUUUAAAAGGCACAGGAGAGCAGACUAGGGAUAUUUUGUUACUAUGGACAAAAAGACCAGUUGGGUUAUUUGUAGGUUACAACUGUGAGGUUGGAUCCCCUUUUUUUAUUUGCUAUUGUUUUAUUAUUUCUGAACACUUUUUAUAUGCAUUUGCAAUCCAAAUCUCUCUUGAGUAGGAUGAAGCUGUGUAGCUACAGUGAGCUGCUUGGAGGGCAGGUCUAACUGUUGCCUAUAGAAGCGUAUUGCACUCAGAAAGCUACAGUACCUUACAGCUAAAUGAACUCAUGCCAGCCUUAAGAGUGUAAAUGCUUGAAGUUAAGAGACCUGAGUGAGAAGAACUGAUGCUUUCUGUCUUUGGUUUUAUUCCAUUAUUAAAAACCUGAACCACUGUAAUACCACAGGUCCACUGUUGUGAGGGUCAGGAGGGAGGCGAGCUUAAAACAAGCCAGAUCUCUUAAUGGCUGGCUUGCAUUACAGCAGUCAAACUAUGCAAGUGGAAUGCAUAUAAUCCUGUGGCUUCUUUUUUUUUUGUCACUUACAAAUGGAAAUAACUUGCUACGAUACUUGGCCUUAUUACAAUUAUUAUUGUUUUAAGAUCUUGAUUCUUCGGAAGCCAAACUGUUUCAAAGGCAACCGUGGGUUACAGACAUGGUCUCUAUGAGACUGGCCAGCAGGCCCCAGUUAAGUGGUACGAAUGUCGUGCAUUUGUUUAAAAUCAGGACAGUUUGCAAUAAAAUAAGUCAUACAUUACAAGUGGCAACCACGGGGGCACGAGCAGUGCGAACACCUGGGCUGCGUCCUUAUACAUUUUUGGGGAAGAAAAUAACUCGCAUUGCAUAUUUGUAUAUAUCAAUACAUAUACUCUUAUGCAACAUGUCUGGGUUCUAUUUAUGAACGCGGUUUGUUACCAUCUUAAAUGUUUAAAUAUUUGGACAGGUGUGUUCUGUUUCAAGUGAGCACAUAGCAUUGGAUUUUAUAUGUACAUCUGCUAAUGGGAAAUCCACUGGCGCAUGUGUGAAAAUGCCAGGUGUGGAGAGAAUUUUAUUGAUUUAGAAAAGUGAUCCAAGGUUUCAAGAUAGCUAAAGAAGGAAAAUCCUAUGAAAAAACCCCAUAACUGACAGAUUGGGUAAACCAGCUGAAUGUUGAUUUGAAUCAAUGUUGAAUGCUUCUUUUAAUCAGUGAAUAAAAGCAUUAUAAAGA